AUGGAGAUAAUGGAGAAGGCAUUGCUAGACCAUUUUAAGAACCCAAAGCUGAGUCCUUUAAACCGCCGUUUGGGUCCUAUUCGGCUCUUUACGCAUUUGCCAGUGCAUGAGGCCUUUAAGAAAUACGACCAAAAAUAUCGUAUCACAAAACGGCGACAUAUUCCGCCAAGUAUUCACGAAUGUCGACAGACCUUCAACCUGGCACAAGUCCUGGUGAGUGCACCCGGUCUCAAGUUGGUGACCUUUGAUGGUGAUGAGACGUUGUACCCUGAUGGACACAACUUCGAGGAUGGUGAAUUAUCUAAUCUGAUAAUUCACAUUCUCAAAACCGAUUGCCAUGUGGCACUGGUGACUGCAGCCGGGUAUGGACAGGACCCCAGCCCGUAUCUGAACAGGCUGGGUCGCUUGAUCCCGGAUAUUGUUUUUGCCACGAGCAGAGACACAAAAAUGCGAACCCGGUUCUGGGUGUUCGGUGGCGAGAGCAACUAUUUGUUCAAUCUGUCUGAGGACGGUCAAUUACGUGUUGUGGCGUAUCAUCAGUGGGAGUCAUUUUCGCCAAUUGGGUUUACGGAAUCUCGGAAUCUUCACGAGUGUUCUCGAUUGUUAGACGUAGCGGAAGUAGCAUUGAGAGCGGGUGUGAAGGACUUGGGUUUACGUGCGCGAGUGAUUAGGAAAGAGCGUGCGGCGGGAGUGAUACCGGGUGGGUCUACAGCGUAUAUGCCGGUGGGUAGUGGGGCACGAAAGAUCAAGCAGGAGAUUCUGGAGGAGUUAGUAUGUCGAGUGCGAGACGCAGUGACGGCGGCUGAUUGUACGGGGAUACCUUAUUGCGCGUUUAAUGGUGGUCGUGAUGUUUGGGUUGAUGUGGGUAAUAAGGCCAUAGCAUUGAGAGUAUUAAAGAGUAUGCUUGCGCUAGAUUCUACUGAAUGUCUCCAUAUAGGAGAUCAGUUCACUGAAAGUGGAAAUGAUACUAGCGUACGUAACGAAAGUCCUUGCAUCUGGGUCAUCAAUCCCGACGAAACCAAAGCUAUUUUACGCCGAAUCUGUCGAGGACGAGGCAUCAAAGACUACGAACAAAAAAUCGUCCUAUCAGAUAAUGAAGCACAAGUACAGACACCACUCCUCAUCGCUGACCUGCUCGCCGACGAAGCCUCCAAUGAUGACGGCGGACAGACCGACGACUGGUAG